UUCACACGCCACAAAACCCAAACUUACAGACACAUAUUAGCGCGUGCAAUCAAACUCUUCCCUUGCCUUUCAGUUGUCAACAUUCGUCGAACCUCUCCAACCGCCACUGCCUUUCCUAAACCUCCCAAGUUUCAACUUUACAACACCUCUCUUUCACACACGACACCAACUCUCUCUCUCUCUCUCUCUCUCACACACACACACACACACACACAGAAUCUCCAAAAUCUCAAAGCCUGAAAAUUGUCUCAUGGGAUACUAAGUUGGAUACUAAGUUUUGGUUCUCUCACAGUACUCCAAUUCCAGCUGACCAAACCCUUAGGGUUUAAGCUCUUAAUUUUAAAGAAAUUGGGUUUGCAUCGUUAAAUUCCGAAAAUUUAGAGUUUGCUCAACGUUGAUAUUGUAUCAAUUUUGGGUUCAAACCAGGGUUUAAGAGCUCAAAUUUUCAAUAAGAAUCUGGGUUCAAACGGUUAAAUUUUGAAAAGUCAGUGGCUAACCGCCUGAACGGUGUGAUUUUUUUGAGUUUUUGACGAUGGAAUCGAAGACGCCGGUGAGAUUUGCGUUGGGGAAGCAAUCAUCGCUGGCACCGUACGAUGGCAAUGGCGAUUUGGUAGGGCCAGAGGAGAGAGAAGAUGGGGAGGGGAUAAUUGAUGUUGAUCCGAGGGUGAGAUUGAUGUACGCUGCAAGUGAGCGUGAUUUGGAUGGGAUUAAGGAGAUGUUAAGUUCAGGUACGGAUGUGAAUUUCCGGGACAUCGACGACCGGACCGCCUUGCACGUAGCGGCAUGCCAGGGGUUUAUUGAUGUGGUUCAUUUCUUGCUCGAAAGAGGGGCUGAAGUUGACCUGAAAGACCGAUGGGGAAGCACGCCUCUUGCAGAUGCAAUACAUUAUAAAAAGCAUGAUGUGAUCAAACUUCUAGAGAAACAUGGUGCAAAGCCUUUGAUGGCCCCUAUGCACGUCAAAAACGCUCGUGAAGUCCCAGAAUAUGAAAUUGAUCCAAAGGAACUAGAUUUGACAAACAGUGUUGAUAUAACUAAGGGGACCUUCCGUAUCGCCUCAUGGCGUGGAACACGAGUUGCUGUGAAAAGGCUGGGAGAGGAAGUGUUUAUUGACGAGGAUAAAGUGAGAGCAUUUAGGGAUGAGCUUGCACUGCUUCAGAAGUUACGACAUCCAAAUGUGGUCCAGUUUUUGGGUGCCGUAACUCAGAGUAGUCCAAUGAUGAUUGUUACAGAAUAUUUACCAAAGGGUGAUCUUUGUUUAUUUUUGAAGAGAAAAGGAGCGCUAAAACCAAUGACAGCUGUGAGAUUUGCAAUGGAUAUAGCGAGGGGAUUAAACUAUCUGCAUGAGAAUAGACCGGAAGCAAUAAUUCACCGUGAUCUUGAGCCCUCAAAUAUUUUGCGGGAUGAUUCUGGGCAUCUCAAAGUUGCAGACUUCGGAGUUAGCAAGCUACUAAAAGUCGCCAACAAACUGAAAGAAGAUAGGCCUUUUACCUAUCAUGACACUUCUUGCCGAUAUAUGGCUCCAGAGGUCUUUAGAAAUGAAGAGUACGAUACCAAAGUGGAUGUUUUUUCAUUUGCUUUAAUUUUACAAGAGAUGAUUGAAGGCUGUCCCCCAUUUUCCACAAAGCAAGAAAAUGAAGUCCCUAAGUCAUACAUUGCAAAUGAGCGGCCUCCUUUCAGAGCUUCAGCUAAGUGUUAUGCUCAUGGACUUAAAGAGCUGAUUGAAGAAUGUUGGAAUGCGAAGCCAGCCAAGAGACCCACAUUUAGGCAGGUCAUCCCCAGGUUGGAGUCCAUCUACAACAGUCUUGGUCACAAGAGGCGAUGGAAGGUUGGACCGUUGAAAUGCUUUCAGAGUCUGGAGGCCAUGGUGAGGAAAGAUAAUUCCAAUCCAAGUGGUACUGGUAACAGUUCAUCUCGUUCUAACAGGAGCAUUUAGGUAACAUGGAAAAUAUCUUCUUGGUUUUAAGUGUGCAGAAUUUUUCCUUUUCCAGCUUUGGGGCAAAAUGAAUGCCGUUUAAUAGUGAAGAAGAUAAUCGUUCUUGUUAUUUCACCUAUAUGCAACUCUUCCUGUUUAAAUCUCUCCCUCACCAUUUGUGGGCUGAGAGCAUUUGAUAUCCACAUUGCUCUGAUCCUAUUAAUUGUCAAUAUAUAGCUAUGUUUAUAUG